GGUAGCACCGUGAGUCGUUCAUUUUGUUGAUUUUGACAAUCGGUUACUUUCAGUUUUUUGUUACGUUUAUUGAAAUUUGUACGUGUAAAGCAUUUUUAGUGUAUCGAUCAACAAGAAAAAUAUAUUGAUAGAUUAUUAGAAUGUGUCUAAUAUCAGAGCCACUGUUAUUCGUACUAGCUUUAAUCAACACCGGUUCACUACUUUUUCUUUUGAUGUAUUUCCUUAUAACUUUAACAGAUUUAGAAUGUGACUAUUUAAAUGCACAACAAUGUUGUUCAAACUUAAACUUGUGGGUGGUACCAAAGCUUAUGGCACAUAUAUUCGUAGAAUUCUUAUUAUUAUCACAUGGGCAAUUGGUAUUGGGCUUGAUAAAUUUACCAAUGACACUGUGGUUACUCUUUGAAUAUUUUGGAGUACCUCGUGGUAAUAUGGGGGUUUAUGAUCCUACAGAAAUUCACAAUCGUGGGCAAUUGAAAAGGCAUGCAAGAGCUUGUAUGAUUUAUCUUGGAUAUUAUCUUAUAUUCCUUGUCAUUUAUCUUUAUUGCAUGAUCAUUGCAUUGUUAAAAGGAGAUCCAAUCUACAGAGAUGACACAGAUUUCAUGGAUCUAUAAAUACGACAUAAUAAUAACAAUAAUAUUUCAACUUUGAUACGCUUUUGUUUUUUAAUUUAGUCAGUCGUUUUUAACAAUUUAUUUAUUUUUAUGUUAACAAAUACCAAAUGAAACUUAAGAUCUAUACAUCACAGAAAUUACACUGUACAAUCUCAUUUACUUUAACUUGUAUCAUAUCUUUCUAAGAGAUUCAUUGGCUGUAAG